AGGACUUGCAAUCCUGCUGGCGCGCUGAACGGGUAGCUGCACGUGCCUUUCACAUGACAGGAUGAAGUGAAUGAAAGGGCAAACGGCGGACCCCGCAAAAUCGUGCAUAUCCAGUAAGCCAAGUGACGUGGAAAGGCGGCGGAAACAGCUGUCAAAUCGAACAUGACAGCAACAUCCUCAGUUCAUCCUCCGGCAUCAAGCAACUCGGCCAAGACUCCGAUCAAGUUGAAGGUGGCCAUGGCGCAGACUGUCGCCGCCGACGAGCAACUGAUCGAAUUGCAAACCAAGCUAAAGCGAGCCGAGACCUCUGCUCGCUAUGCCAAAGCGCAGUAUAACGCGGCUUGUGAAGCCAGCAACGCCCGUCUAGAAGAGGCCAAUAAGCAACGAGGAGUCCUCUUCGAUCUUCUGAAGAACCAAGUGCAAGGCAGUGCACUAUGGGACGCAAAGAUUGCGAAGCAACUGGCCGAGAACAGAUCUCAAAUCGCCGCAGGACUUGUCAUCACCUCCAGGAGCGAGCUCGAAGAUCUAGAACGGGAGAGAGACGCUGCGAAGCAAGCACUCGAUGAGUAUACUCGCGACUCGAGAUCAUUCAGGCUGGCGCGUGAAGCGAGGGCAAGAAGGGAGGCAGCGGAGCAGAGGCAAAGAGAGCUGAGGGCGAAAGAGACAUCGCCAGCUCCACGAUCCUCGCCGAUUAAGUCGCCUGCAGCAGAGAAGCAGCAGCGAGACUUCAGAGCGAAAGAGGCGUCUCCAUCAGCACGAAAAUCUCCGAUCAGGCAAUCCUCAGUCGAAGAGCCGAAGAAAAAUGUCACUCCUGGAUCAAGUCAGCAGCAAUUUUACGACUUCCUCGUCCGACAUUGUCAACCAAAGACACCACAGGAUGAGCGCCCCAGGCCGGAAACAUUCGACCGCAAGCCCCCAACCCCGGUCCGAAGUCACCCAAAGCGCGCUCCCUUACCAGCACUUCCGCCGAAGUCACCGGCAGAGAUCUAUCGAGACUGGCACGAACAGACCAAGCUCGCCUUUGCUGACUACAGCACGUUGACCACUUUUCCGGCGCCACCGCCGCCCCAGUCGCCAUGCCGCAAGAUUCCAUGCGCGACAUCAGUGUCAAGAUCUCAGCUCGGCAUUUGCAUCGACGACAUUGAAAAGGCUUUCAAAACGCUCGACCUGCCUUCGAUGAAAGAGGAGAGGGCACGCUGGCAUCCUGAUCGCUUUGUGAGGUGUACGGAGAAGGACAAGAUGCAAGCCAUGGCGAAAGAGGUAUUCCAGGUUGUGGAUGCGAUGUAUCGGAAGGAGAAGGACAUGCGCAGCCUGUAGGGAAUGGUGUCUUCAUGUGGUUUGUGGCGUGGACAUGCAGAAGUGGCUGCAAAGAGAGAUCGUCUCGGGUGACCGCUGGCGAUCUUCCUACAGCGGGAUGUUGAAGUCAGCCCCAAGACCAGAGGGCUGUGUCAGCGAAAUACAUAUGUAGGAGGUAGUGUAGACCUGUAUACCCGUGUGCAACAUGAAUGGAAGCGACCACGGCCGGCUCCUCCCCAC